GACACCAACCAGAUGCAAAGAAAAGCCUCUAACAAAGUCUGUUGUCCCUUAUGGCUUGCUAGUCUGCUUGAAAAACUAGUAAAAUUUCAACAUUCUUAAAGAGUUAACUACAACAGUUUGUCUCCAAUAACUACAGCCAAAGUUGAAUGUAGUGUUGCUCCAGCAAAGACCGAAAAAUAUCCAUUCAAAUGGAGCUACAAGCCAUCGGGAGAAGCAUCCGAUCCCCCCUUCGACGCACCGGCGCAGAUACAAUUGUAGAAGAGAAUGAGGAACUUCGCCUGCGAUGGGCUGCCAUUGAGAAACUCCCUACAUUUAAGAGGAUCAGAACCUCAGUGCUUGAUAUUGAUCAUGCCACAGUCGACACCGGAAGCAGUGGAAAAGAAUCCGACGGGACGAAGGUGACCGAUGUUACCAAGCUUGGAGCUGUCGAUAAACAUCUGUUGAUUGAGAAGCUCAUCAAGCACAUCGAGCAUGAUAAUCUCCGGUUGCUGAAGAAACUAAGAGACAGGAUAGACAGAGUGAACGUACAAUUACCUACUGUGGAAGUGAGAUACAAAAAUCUGUGUGUGGAUGCCAACUACGAGGUAGUUCAAGGAAAGCCUCUUCCUACGCUAUGGAACUCUGUCAUGAGUAUGUUGUCAGUUUUUGUGAAGGUAACACGCUGCAACUCUCAAGAAGCCAAGUUAAGCAUCUUAAAAGAUGUCAGUGGCAUCAUCAAACCAUCAAGGCUGACACUUCUUCUUGGUCCCCCAGGCUGUGGGAAAACGACCUUCUUGUUGGCUCUUGCAGGAAAGCUAGACCAAACUCUCAAUGUUGCAGGGGAAAUCUCUUAUAAUGGUUACAAGCUGGAUGAGUUUGUUCCACAGAAAACAUCAGCUUACAUAAGCCAAUAUGACCUGCACAUACCUGAGAUGACUGUGAGGGAAACAAUUGACUUUUCUGCACGCUGCCAGGGUGUUGGAAACCGAGCUGAUAUCAUGGUGGAAGUAAGUAGAAGAGAGAAAGAAGCAGGAAUUGUCCCUGACCCUGAUGUUGACACCUAUAUGAAGGCAAUAUCAGUUGAAGGACAAAAAGGAAAUCUCCAAACAGACUAUGUUUUAAAGAUCCUUGGACUGGAUAUCUGCAGUGACACAAUGGUUGGUGAUGCAUUGACAAGUGGCAUUUCAGGUGGCCAGAAGAAAAGGUUAACAACAGGGGAGAUGAUUGUGGGUCCGACAAAAGCUUUAUUUAUGGAUGAAAUAUCGACUGGAUUAGACAGCUCCACAACGUUUCAGAUAGUUACCUGUCUUCAGCAAUUGGUGCAUAUCACUGAUACAACUGCAUUGAUUUCGCUUCUUCAGCCAGCUCCUGAAACAUUUGAUCUAUUUGAUGAACUGAUAUUGAUGGCAGAAGGGAAAAUAGUAUACCAUGGUCCUCGUAGUGAUGUACUUCAAUUUUUCGAGGAUUGUGGUUUCAAGUGCCCAGAAAGAAAAGGGGCUGCAGACUUCCUUCAGGAGGUAAUCUCCAGGAAGGAUCAAGCACAAUACUGGUGCCAUGCUGACCUUCCCUACAAUUAUGUUUCAGUGGAUCAGUUCUCUCAAAUGUUCAAAGCAAGUUGUUUAGGACAGAAGUUAAAUGAUGAGCUCUCAAAACCAUAUGAAAAAUCUAGGAGCCACGAUAAUUCCUUGUCAUUUAAUUUUUACUCUUUGAGCAAAUGCGACUUGUUCAAAGCUUGCAUGGCCAGAGAGCUACUUCUCAUGAAACGGAACUCGUUUGUUUAUGUGUUCAAAACAGUGCAGCUUGUCAUCACUGCAUUUAUCGCAAUGACAAUAUUUAUACGUACUCAGACAUCUGUGGACUUGAUGGGUGCCAAUUAUUUCUUGGGCUCUUUGUAUUAUACAAUUGUCAGACUCAUGACUAAUGGAUUUGCAGAGCUGUCCUUUACAAUCAUUAGACUUCCAGUGGUUUACAGGCAAAGAUCAUUCUAUCUGUAUCCGGCGUGGGCUUAUUGUAUUCCAGCCUCGAUCCUAAAGAUUCCAUUAUCUCUGGUUGAUUCAAUACUUUGGACAGCAACGACUUACUAUGUUAUUGGGUAUAGCCCUGAAGUAGAAAGGUUCUUCUCGCAGUUGCUUCUGCUGUUUGCUCUGCAACUAGCAUCAACGUCCAUGUGUCGUUUUCUUGCCUCAAUUUUCCAGACCAUGGUUGCUGCAUCAACUUAUGGUGCUUUGAUCUUGGUGAUAAUUUUCUUGUUUGGAGGCUUCAUUAUUCCUCGACCCUAUUUACCACCUUGGUUAAAGUGGGGUUUCUGGCUUUCUCCCAUGACUUAUGGGGAAAUAGGUCUAGCACUAAAUGAAUUCCGUGCUCCACGGUGGCAAAAGGUGUCAAAGGGAAACAUGACCAUAGGGAUGGAGGUUCUAACUAGUCAUGGUUUAAACUUUGAUGGCUAUUUCUAUUGGAUAUCAUUAGGGGCUUUGCUUGGGUUUACAAUACUUUUCGAUACUGUAUUUGUCUUGGCCUUAACUUACUUAAAACCUCCAAAGACAUCUAGAGCUAUUAUUUCGAAAAAAAGGUUCUCUCAGCUACAAGGAAGAGAUGAUUUCAAUAGUAGCACACAACUGGCUAACCAAUCAACUCUACCUACUUUUCCCCAAACUACUGCCGAAACAAGAAAUUCUGGUAAGAUAAAACUAUUAGGGGGGCUGGUCCUGCCAUUUGAGCCUCUGACAAUAGCAUUUAAGGAUGUGCAAUACUCUGUUGAUAUGCCUCCGGAAAUGAGAGUGGUGGGUUUAAAUCAGAAAAAGCUUCAGCUGCUCCGAGAUAUAACAGGAGCAUUUAGGCCAGGAAUUCUUACAGCACUCAUGGGUGUCAGUGGAGCUGGGAAAACAACUCUCAUGGAUGUCCUUUCCGGGAGGAAAACUGGAGGUAUUGUUGAAGGAGAUAUAAGAAUAGGAGGAUACCCCAAAGUCCAAAGGACAUUUGCAAGAAUAUCAGGUUACUGUGAGCAGAAUGAUAUACAUUCUCCUCAGAUUACUGUGAAAGAAUCAGUUACAUACUCAGCUUGGUUGCGAUUACCACCAGAGACUGAUGCAGACACAAAAGAUAGAUUUGUAGAAGAAGUCCUUGAAACAAUUGAACUUGAUGGUAUAAAAGAUUCGUUAGUUGGCAUUCCCGGCCAAAGUGGCCUUUCUACUGAACAACGUAAAAGGCUAACAAUUGCAGUGGAGCUUGUUUCCAAUCCCUCAAUAAUAUUUAUGGAUGAACCUACAUCAGGUUUAGAUGCCAGAGCAGCUGCAAUUGUCAUGCGUGCAGUGAAGAAUGUAGUUGCUACAGGAAGGACAACAGUGUGCACCAUCCACCAACCAAGCAUUGACAUAUUUGAGGCUUUCGACGAGUUGAUUCUAAUGAAAACAGGAGGACAGAUCAUCUACUCUGGAAUGCUAGGCCAUCAUUCAUGUAAACUCAUUGAAUAUUUUGAGGGAAUUUCUGGUGUGCCAAAGUUCAAAAAUAAUUAUAAUCCAGCAACAUGGAUGUUAGAAGUUACUUCUGCUUCAGUAGAAGCAGAACUUGGUUUAGAUUUUGCCCAAAUUUAUAAGGAGUCAUCUUUGCAUUGUGACACCAUCGAGUUGGUAAGACAGUUCAGUGAACCACAGCCAGGCUCAAAAGAGUUGCACUUUCCCAGUCGUUUUGCACAAAGUGGCUGGGUGCAGUUUAUGGCAUGCCUAUGGAAACAACACUUAUCUUAUUGGAGAAGUCCUGAAUACAACUUAUCACGUUUCUUGUUUAUGAUUGCUGCAGCACUGUUGUUUGGGGCAGUCUUUUGGCAGAAAGGAAAGGACAUAAAGAAUGAGCAGGAUUUGUUCAACAUACUUGGAUCGAUGUAUAUUGCUGUAAUAUUCUUGGGCCUGAACAAUUGUUCAUCGAUUCUACCGUAUGUGGUAACCGAACGGACUGUUCUAUGUCGUGAAAAAUUUGCUGGAAUGUACUCCUCGAAGGCUUACUCAUUUGCUCAGGUGACCAUAGAAAUACCUUACGUGCUUCUGCAAACAAUUUUGUAUGUGGCCAUUACAUAUCCAACAAUAGGGUACGACUGGUCAACUUACAAGGUCUUUUGGUACUUCUAUGCCACAUUCUGCACUCUUCUCUACUUUGUAUAUCUUGGGAUGCUGAUAGUUUCAGUGAGCACAAAUAUAGAAGUAGCUUCCAUAUUGUCAGCUGCAGUCUACACCAUAUUUAACCUUUUCGCGGGCUUCCUACUGCCAGGACCGAAAUUUCCUAAAUGGUGGGUGUGGUGCUAUUGGAUUUGCCCUACAUCUUGGUCCCUAAAUGGCCUGCUGACUUCACAAUACGGAGACAUGAAGAAAGAGAUACUGAUCUUUGGGGAGCUCAAGCCAGUUGGUUCCUUUCUUCAAGAUUAUUAUGGAUUUCAACAUGAUCGUUUAGGACUUGUGGCUUUUGUGCUCAUCGCUUAUCCAGUUGUUUAUGCUUCUUUGUUUGCCUAUUGCAUUGGGAAAAUAAAUUUUCAACAGAGGUAGAAAGGAGCUAAAAACUGCUUAAUUGUCAUAUUUAGAACAAGCUGUAUAUCAAUAAUGUUAGAAUUUUGAAUGAUUUUCACAACAGGAGUUAUUAGAUCAUAAACUGGGAACUUGGCUUCGGAUCC